AUGUUGAGCGACUCUGCCAAUAACUCCAGCGUUGCUCCCCCGUGCCCUGACUACCGGAGCACCCACCGCCUGCACAUGGUGGCCUACAGCCUGGUGCUGGCCGCCGGGCUCCCCCUCAACGCGCUGGCCCUCUGGGUCUUCCUGCGCGCGCUGCGCGUGCACUCCGUGGUGAGCGUGUACAUGUGCAACCUGGCGGCCAGCGACCUGCUCUUCACCCUCUCGCUGCCCGUGCGCAUCUCCUACUACGUCCGGCACUACUGGUCCUUCCCCGGCCUCCUGUGCCAGGCGGCGGGCGCCAUCUUCCAGACGAACAUGUACGGCAGCUGCAUCUUCCUGACCCUCAUCAACGUGGACCGCUACGCGGCCAUCGUGCACCCGCUGCGGCUGCGCCACCUGCGGCGGCCCCGCGUGGCGCGGCUGCUGUGCCUGGGCGUGUGGGCGCUCAUCGUGGUGUUCGCCGUGCCCCUCGUCCUGGUGCACCGGCCCUCGUCCUGCAGCUACAACGGCAGCCAGGUACACCUGUGCUUCGAGAGCUUCGGCGACAGCCUGUGGAAGGGCAAGCUGCUGCCUCUCGUGCUGCUGGCCGAGGCGCUGGGCUUCCUGCUGCCCCUGGCGGCCAUGCUCUACUCGUCGGGUCGGGUCUUCUGGACCCUGGCGCGUCCCGACGCCAGGCGGAACCAGCGGCGGCGGAAGACCGUGCGCCUCCUGCUGGCCAACCUCGUCAUCUUCCUGCUGUGCUUCGUGCCCUACAACACCACGCUGGCGGUCUACGGGCUGCUGCGGGGCAACCUGGUGGCGGCCAGCGGCCAGGCCUGCGACCGGGUGCGCCAGGUGCUCGUGGUGAUGGUGCUGUUGGCCGGCGCCAACUGCGUGCUGGACCCGCUGGUGUACUACUUCAGCGCCCAGGGUUUCCGCAAUACCCUGCGCGGCCUGGGCACUCCGCUCCGCGCCAGGACCUUGGCCACCAACGGGGCUCAGGGGGCGCUUGCCGAAGGGCCCACCGAGACCACCCUCAUCACCAGUCCGGCUACCGCCAGUCAGCAGCUGCUUGGGCCUUCCAACUUCGGGACGCCCUUGACCCAGCGCCCCGAGGACUCGGCCCUCUGA